CUGGAUGUGGCAGGCUGGCUGGACAGGAGCAGCCAGGAAGGAGGAGCAGCGGACACCAGCAGCGACAGGAGCAGCAGUAGUGUCUUGCUUAGAAUGUGGGACAGUGUUUGUUUUUGUACAAAGUAUUUUUUGUAAUUCGAAUGUCAAGACAUACAAUUAAAUACAGCGAAGAAAGCAAUUAUCGAAGAUCACCAGUAUUUAAAUGUAAAUCUGAUGUGAAACUUUUCCUGAGUUGUGUUUAUGUAUGACAGGAAUGUAUUUCCUAUGAAAGUUUGUAGUAUGUUAAUUUCAUUGAAAUAGAUCAGACUCCAAAAGAAACAUACACCGGAUGUUUCAAAGUACAUAUUUAGAAAUUUCUUACCAUCUUCCUGCUCACAGAAGUUUGUCAUGACAUUGGAAUAUAUGUGACACUGGGCUGAAAAAUAUUAGUUGACUAAGCCAUCAGAAAUCUGUGGCUGUUUUGGAGACAAAAUAUUUACAUUCAUGUGCAAGUGUCUUCUAAAUCUGGAUAAAGUUCAAAUGAUUUUGUAAUUACAACAUAAAUAUGCAUGAGUUAUUUACUCAGGUAUUAAGUAAAAAAGACCUAUCAAAGGCAGGAGAUUUAUUCUCAGUCUCUGACCAAGCAAUUGUGAACGACUUAACAGAGGUUGUAAAUACUAUUUGUGAAAUAACUAGUCUUCCAGAUUAUGUGAACAAUGACAAUGAUCAAAGUGUUGUUGAAAUAUGCAUUACAAGAGUUACCUCAGCUAUCAGAGAGACAGGAUCAGUAGAGCAGCAUGCAGAGGCCUUGGUCACAUUACUUGAAUCAUGCUUGAAUCACAAUCUAAAACCUUCAGCUCGGGAUGAAGAUCCACCUCAUGCCAAAAUUUCAUCAGACAUUAUAUCAUGUAUAUUUUUGAAUUACAGCAAGAAGGAAGUGAUGAAACGUGCUUUGCCUGUGGCGGUAAAAUUUCUGCACAAAGGCAACAAGGAACUUUCUCGCAAUAUGUCUUCAUAUCUCUCUCUGGCAGCUAUUGAAAAUGCAGAUCUACUUUCAAAACAUAUACAAUUAAUUAUUGACUCUAUUAUUGCUGGCAACUAUCCACUUUGUCGAGUACUUCCUCAGAUGUAUGCAGUAAAUAUGGAACCUCUUCAUGAUCAUGCUAUGGCACUUGUGUCUUUGCUUCCACAAUGUGACACAACAGAAAAACUUGCUCUAUUGAGUUUAUUUGCUCUCAUUGCAAGAAACAGCCCUCAGUUACUGGAACCCAGUUUGCCACAGUUGUGUGAAUAUCUUACAACAAGUACCACUGCAGCAGCAGCUAUGCAAGUGUUUUUGGAUAUGGCUAACAAACGUCCUCAGUCACUCACAGAUUAUGUUCCUAAGAUCAAAGAAGCUGCUGAAUGCCACCCCAAUACCCUCUGCCUCGCAGCUCAAAUAAUUUCUUCUGUUGGAAAACUUAGCAAGGAUCAAGCCCAGGAAGCUUUAAAUUUUGUGCUUGAACAUCUCCCUAAAGCUGACCGCGGAUCACAGAGUACAUUAUUGCGAGAAGCUACUUUACUGUGCAGCAGUUACCCUGUUUUAUUCACAGAACGCAUGUUAGCAGAAGUUCGACAAUGCAGUCAUAGAGAAAAUGCUUUAGGAAGCUCAGCUCAAGUCAAUAGGACCAGUGGUGGAGUCACAAUUGUGAAGGUUGGAGGAAGCCGACCCGAUCUACAAGUGCCCCAACCUACAACUACUUGUGCUCCAACUACUUGGCUGAAUCGCCAAGAAGUGAAUAGGCUAGUCAUUGGUCGUGCUCGAGCAGAGGGAGGUGGAAGAACAACUGGGCGGUUACAAUCUUCUACAGCUCAUCGCAGCAUGACCCGGCUGAAUGUUGGAGGAAGUCGUGCUGGCUCUUUAGGAGGACUGCACAAGAGUAUGACUAGACUCAGCUCCAGCCAGCAAAUAAAUCUGGUUCCAGCCUUUGGCAAUCGUGUUCCUCAAGCAUCAGUUCCCUCUCAGCCACAGCAACCACCUGUUCCUCAACAGCGGGUUUCUAGUGGCGGUGUCACAGUCACAACUGCCAGCCCCAACAAAAGCAGCACAGGCAGUGGUUCUGCAUUGCGUGAUGAAUUGACACUAUCUAUUUCCACAUCUUUUCCUAUUGCUACAGUUAGUACAAGCUCAACAUAUGUUCAAACAACAGCUACCGGGCUUACUUUGAGCCAGUCUGGAAGUCGGUUGUACACUAGUGGUGCAGCACCAGCAAGAGGCCUCAGCAGUUCAGGAUCCCUUGCCGCCCAUACCAUCACUUCCCAAACACUACCAGCUCCUGUUGUCACAGCACGCAGAGCAAAUAAUACUAGUGUGACUUUACUGAACAGUACCCAGGGAAAUGCUGCAGCAGCCCAAAGAAUCAGCGUGUUUGAACCAUAUCCAAUGCGCGAUACUGUGCAACAUUUUUGUGAGAAGCAUUUGGACAAAAUUAAGUCAUACAUGGAAAAGGUGUUUGUUCGCAUUCCUCCCCCUGCCAAAUGCACAAUUGAAGAACGAAGGGCAAAGAAGCUUGUGAAAUUGCAUUUUGCAUGCCAAGGCCGCGGUGAGCACUGCCUUUACAGCCGAACCUUUUUUACCAUGAAAACACGUAAUCCUAGAGUUUGGAUACAUUUGAUGUUCUUAGCCUUACAGGUAGGUUUGUGCAGAUUGUCGCAGAGUGUUGGAAAUUUAAACACAAAAUAUCAUAAUGUGGAUCUCAUAGAAACAACUACCAAAAAAUGAUUUGCAUUUUUCAUAGUAACAGAAACAUCAUUGUGAAAUGUUCAGAAUAAAGUAAAAUUCACUUUUCCAUAUGUUGCAAAAUUAGGAAGAAUUUAGGUAUUCAAAUGACAUUCUUCAGACUUGAUUACCUUCUUAAUGUAUUCAUUUCUUUUCUGUGUGCUAUUUACAAUGCACAGAUAUUAAGAUAAAAUAUAAGUCAGUGAAGUUGGAAAGAAGAUAAGUUACUUUCUUUCAUUAUUUUCAAGUCAGUGUAAUAAUUAUGAGAUAAUUUGAAUUGUGAACUAUUCUGAAUUCCUAUAUGGCAUUUUGAUGGUGUUCCUUUGCUCCCAGGCAAGGUCAGAAUCUGCUCUGAGUUCCCGUGACUCAUCUGUCAGCAGUUUGAAAAACUGUUGGGAUAUCCUGAAAUGUGAAAACAAGACUUUUCUAACUCUUGUUACAUCAGCUUUUCCAUGCACAAAAGAUCAAGAUGCUCUAUUAUCAGAAUUACACUGUUCUGGUUUUUUUGAUGUUUUUGAGUGUUCUGCAAGUCAAUGGGGCUGCUUCCUAUGUAAUCACCCAGAGCGAGCUGUAGGUUUCUUGCAGGAUGGUCAGCCAGUUAUUGAGGGACAACUGAAGGAGAAGAAGGGGCGGUGGCGUAUUUUCAGAAGAUGGAGAACUCGAUAUUUCACUCUUUCUGGAGCUCAUCUAUCUUACAAAGGAUCUAAAGAUGACAAGGAUGUGACACCUAUAGAAGUAAACCAAAUUCGCAGUGUCAAGGUUUCCCGUGGAGCAAGAAAUAUACCAAAAGCUUUUGAGAUCUUCACUGGAGAUCAGUCUCUCAUUCUGAAGCCCAAAGGAGGGAAGAAUGCAGAAGAAUGGGUUCAGUGUUUGAGCAUUGUUGUAGCUCAUUCUCAUUCGCGUGAGGCACCGGCAAAAAGUAACUCAUUGCCUGCUCGGGGUGCAAGUCUUCGUACUGCUGUAUGACAGGAGCCGGUUGUGCUGUGGUGUUCAUUUUGGCAUUUACUCAGCAUCAGACUCAUCGUUAAUCAGAUUUUUUUUUUCCAUAUAAAAAGCCCAGAUUCAUGGCAAGGAUCUUCAUAGUUACUUUAUGUCCAUUAGUUUCAAUGUAUUAUGGAGGGAGGGGGGGGGAGAGAGAGAGAAGUAGUAGUAGUUAAUAAUUAAAUAUAAAACCACUGAAAUGUGAAAAUCAGCUAUUCCAAUUUAGAAGAAAGAGGAGUAAAUACUAAUGUCAAAUUAAUUGUUAAUUUACAAUUAUGUUUCAAAAAUUGUUCAAAUAUCUAGUGUAUUUGACAGUCUGAAGCAUGUUACAAAAUCAAUGUAGAUACCUCUGAUAUUUUAAAGAAUGAAAUGCAUUGCAUUAUUCUUGUGAAAUAGACCAUUUCCACUGAUCUGUUUUAUUAACUUGAGAGUUGAAUCUGUUUGGUGAACAAAAUUACAGUUAUAUACUUUUCAUAAACAUUAAAACUCAAUACAACCUUGGUCUGAUACAGAAAGAGUCAAUGCAAUUGUUGAACACUCCAAUUAACGUGCCAAAUUGUAUGUUGAGGAAAAGAUGUUGAUAUGUGAACAUUCUUGAGUAUGGUAUUCAUAGUGCUAAAAAAUUAGCUUCAUUCCAAUCCGGUACAUUUUCCUGAUAAUGAGUCUUCCAUACUUUUCUCAAAUUAAGACCAAUUAGAAUUACUGUGCCUAUUAUCUGUACUGAAAAUUUCAUAGCUGAAGAAUUUAUUAUGUUGUACUUAAUAUGUUUAUAUUCCACAGUUUCUGAUAUUAUUUAUUGAUUGACAUAUUUUAACUCAAGGAAAUAAUUUUACUCAUGGAAAACAAAGUUAUUCUCUUGAAAAUAAGCGUUUGAGCUACAUAUGUUGUAAAUUGAUAAGCAUCUCCUCUGCUUGGAGGACAAUAUCUUGCCAAAACUUAUUCCAGCCCCCCCCCUUUCAUAUUUGAAUUGGAGAACUUUGUAUGACCAUGUAAUCUCAAAAGUAAUUCGGACACUAUGAAAUUUUUGACCUUGAACAUUUGUUUUUGAAACUAUCAAAACAUUUAAGAUCUACAAAUUCAUUACCACAUACUUGACACCAAAAUUUUCUUCACCAGUUUUACUUCACUUACAGAUAGUGUUGUGCAGUAUGUCAUUAAAGUUUAUUUUUUCUGAAAAUCGAUUUAGAAUCUCAAAAUUAGUGUCAUGACAGAGUAAUUCCUUGGAUUGUUGUAUUUCAAUGAUUUGUAAGUAGCACAUCACUGCUGAAGGCAACUUCCCACAAGUCUUUCAAAGAAUGAAUGUUAUUUUCAUUGCAGUUGACAGGGUAAUAGUUUCACAAGCAACGGUUUCUAUGGCACCUUAAAACAUUUAAUCAUCUUAUUUUCAUAUAUGAUUUGUAGAUGACUUAGUGAAUGUCUAUAUGUGAAAUCUAUACAACAUUCAAUGCAUUCUCAGAGAUUCUUUAAAACAAUUAUCUGAAAUUAAGGAAUUUGUCUUGCUCGAAUUUCACUAAAAACUGUUUAUGCAUCCUUGUUGACUCUGUCCAAGUUUUGCUUAAAUUGUAAGGGUGAUAGCAAUGUGUAAUUGUAUUGUACUUAACUGUAUUUCUAUUAUUUAUUUUGUAACAAAGUAUUUAAAUGAAUGG